AUGGGACAGAAGAAUCAGCGUCUCCAGCCUGAAAUGCCAUCAGGAUCAAGGAAUAUCGGAGACAUGCUCCAGCGACAGACACAGCCCAAACUGGCAACGCCUGAGGACCAUGUGACAUCAAAGGCCCGGCUGGAUCGCUCGUCAACCGGCCCUCCGCAGCAGAUCCCAAGAGAGGAGCCUAUGACUCCAGACACCCACAGAAGAUCUGAACCUGUCACCAAGCAGGACUUUGAUAAUCUUGUGGCAGAAAUCAAGUAUCUAUUGGCCGCAGACGUGGCAAUUAUUAAAGCAGACAUGAAAGCCAUUGCCGACAGGAUAAAGACCUCUGAGGAAUGUAAUACAGGACUCUGUGCAACAGCUGCAGGCCUCUCAACUGGCCUUAUCAAUCCACUAUGCAGCACUUGA